AUGGCAAACGAAUAUAAUAAUACCUUGAAAGGAAAAACAGCGGUGAUUACCGGCUCCUCUACAGGCAUAGGAGCAGCAAUCGCAUAUGAGCUAGCUGGGCGGGGUGCUAACAUCGUUAUUAAUUAUCCCUAUCCAAGUGUGAAGGACGAAGCUGAAAAUGCGUUGCAACUUAUUCUUGAGGACUGUGAUAACAUUAGGGGUAUCAUUGUAGAGGCCAACUUGUGUUCUAUUGAGGGUCCAAAGGAGUUAAUUAAAAAGGCAGUGGAAAACUUCGGUGAGAUUCAUAUUUUGGUAAAUAAUGCUGCAUUAGCUAUUAAUAAAUCUCUUGAAGAGCAUACGUUAGACGAUUGGGAUUUAAUUGUGAACUUAAAUGGCCGAGGAACUUUCUUAUCAACACAGGCAGUAUUACCCCAUCUAGCAAAGCAAUCUAGAAUUAUUAACAUUUGUUCAGCUUCUUCGAGAGGACCACCUCCUUUUCAGACCAUUUAUGCUGGGACAAAAGGUAUGGUAGAUUCCUUUACUAAAGUUUGGGCCAAAGAGCUUCCGAAGAAAUAUUCUUGCACUGUCAAUGCGGUUUCGCCCGGUCCUACCAAAACCAAAGGAUUCAUGGAAGCUGGGGAAGAAGCGAUGAAAAUUUUACAACCUACAAUUGAGCUGAUCCCAGUAGCUGCAAGAAUGGGAGAGCCUGAAGAGAUUGCUUAUGCUGUAGCAUGUUUGGCCGAGGAUAGAGCAAGUUGGAUCAAUGGUGUUCACCUUCAUGUCAAUGGUGGACUAUAUAUAGAUUAA